AUGCUGUUCGUCGCGCUGGCACAGCGCAGCAGGCUGCAGCCGGAUCAGCCACUCGCAGAUAAGGUGAUCGCGGCCGUGUCGCGUUGCGGAUCAGCGCCGCUGGCUUUCGGCGUCAUCGCAGGAGGCACGGACGGAUAUUUUCGCGAGACUGAAUCACCGAAUUACCGACGAACGAACGAACCAGCGUCGUGCCUCACGCAACUGCACGCAACUCGCGACGCCCGACGCCUCGCCGCUUCACGCCGCCGCGCCGUCGAUCGCCGACGGAGGAAUUCGCGGGGUUUCGGCGUCGAUUGUGUGUGCGGUGCGUUUGCAGCCAGCACCAGCAGCAUGCGACGCACACAAUCAUGGCUGGCGCUGGCGGCGCAAUAUGUGAGGUUAGAAACCGCGCAGAAAAUAAACAUGGGUCUGUCAGAUAACGACGUUGAGAAAAUUAAAGGUAUAUUCACUGAUCGGUUUCUACAGACUUUUGCCGAAAGAGUUGCCCAGCUCCGCGAAAGGAAGUAUGAGACAAGGAUGCGAGAGCAGGAACAGGCCAUCGUUGAACUCAAAGAAGAGAUCAGGGACCUUAGGGACACGCAGGACAGAAUUCUACGGACGGUUGAUGAUCAGGAACAGGCAUCCCGAAACUUUAAUGAAUAUGACAGGAGACUCCAGCGACUGGACCUAGUCGUACCAAAUACUUAAAAACAUCCCAAAGGAGGCUUUGGAAGAGGAAGACGAUGAUGACGAUGAAAACAAAGAACCAUUGUCAUAUUCUGUUAAUGAUUUAUGCUGAUAUGUAUUGUUCCACAAAUAAAUUAUUAUUAGAUUUUUCAUUAUUAUAUCGUGAUCUAAAAUGAAAAACAAUGUUCUGUUUGUAUAUAUAUAUAUAUAUAUACAUAUAUUUGUGUGAACAUAUACAUUUUUUUAUAUUCUUUUGUUACGCCCUGUAUAUUUCAAGGGAAUAUGUUUCUCAGCCAUUUGUUGCUGUUUAGUCUAUAAAUGGUUUAUGUUAUAAUAAGGAAGAUAUGAAGGUCACUUGAAACUCUUUUUGGAUGUGGUUUAGAGAGAAGGCAGAUAAGAUAUUUUGUGAGGACAGUCGAGAAUAAACUUAAAAAAGUAUAAUAAC